GAUGCUAAUUUUGGGUUGCGUUUCUCAGUUGAAAAUACUUACGAUAAUUUAUUUUUGAUCUGAAACAUCAUGCAAACCACACCGAACAUUGUGGAACACUGUAACCAGCUUUCCGAGGUAGAUAAAUGUGAGCAUGUUGGCAAACAUGAUGGCAGGGUGGUUAGUCACAUGUCAUGUUUGUUUACAUAUUUUUUGAAGUUGGUUAUGGUUUGAUGAAAAGCAUCUAAAAUUAUGGCAGAGACACUUGGAGGUUCUUCCAAGAGUCUUCAGCUCAAACGGUUGAUAGCCCAGCAACGCACGCUCUUGCAAGAAAAGGCAGCUCUUGAACAAAUGUUGAAAAAUGUUCAAGCUCUGAGGAACAAGCUGAAGGUGGAACAAAUUCAGCUCAGUAGUUCUUUGCAAGCUGAGCUAGGGGGAAGUGAAACUUAUGUGGAGGUGCCUGCCGAGUCGAUAACUGUUAAAACUCAAGACAUUGUUGAGGAAGAAAAACAUAUUACUUCAAACAAACCCAUACUUGACCUGAAGACUGAUCAUUUUCAGCGGAUGUUUUUGGGUGGAACUGAUAAUGGUGAAGAAGAGGAAGAUGAUGAUGACUCAGAUGAUGCAAUAGGAUGUGUACAAGAGCUCAUGGACGAACACGAACUGGGUUUCGAUGAUUUCUAACUCAUAAAUGGUGUUGCAAUAAGUACCUACCAGACUGUGAUAUUUGUUGUAAGGUAUUCUAAAGUUAGGCAAGAAGAUCUGAGAUCGUUGAAAAUUUUGAAAAACUCUUAUGUUUUUGUGUCAAUGUAUUAAAAAGCUGAUUAUGAGAUGA